AUGCCUCACAAAGACGGCAGUUUGGAGUUCACUCCCUCGAGCUACCCGCCAUUUCACGACGACUUGAAGACCGCGGAGCUCAAAACUAUUUCUCUGCGGAAGAUCCAAAAUGCAGAGCAUAAUGAGCACGAUCGCAUGUUUGAGGAGUGCAAAUCGCGUGGAUUCUUCUAUCUCGAUCUGAGCCAUUGCGAGCAAGGCGACACGAUCUCCCGUGGGGCAGAUGACAUUGCAAGAGUCGCCGAGAGUAUCAUGGCGCUUCCGCUAGAGGAGAAGCUGAAACACCCGUACGAAGGGAAGGAUAUAUUCGGGGACAAAGAAGUCGGCCGUACCAAGACCGACAAACACAAAACGCUCGACACGGCGGAAUUCUUCAACGUGUCGAAAAACGACAUGCUAGUAUCGGACGAGGAAAUGCGAAGGCAGUGGCCUCGCCCCAUUCUCGACAACAAAACUUUACUGAAAGAAUAUUGCCAGACUGCCCAUUCAGUCGGCGUCCAGAUCUUGGGCAUCCUGGCAACAAAGCUCGGCAUCGAUCCCAACGAACUGCACCAGAGACACCGCAUAGAGGCACUCUCGGGAGACCACAUCCGCAUGAUCAGAGGUCCAGCUCGUCAAUCGGCGGAAAUGCCAGAGAUCCAGACGCCGGCUCAUACGGAUUUUGGAACAAUCACCCUCCUCAUGAAUUGGCUAGGUGGGCUUCAGGUGUACGGCUCUCCCAAUCGAAUUCUCGGCAAUCUCGACUACGACGACGGCGCCGAAGGAGAAUGGCUAUGGGUAAAGCCUAAGAAGAACUGUCUUAUCGUCAAUCUGGGCGACGCCGCGGUCAAGUUCACAAAUGGGGUCUUGUGCUCGGGCAGGCAUCGUGUCAUCCCUGCUCCGGGAGAACAAGGUCGAUGGCCACGCUACAGCAUCGUAUAUUUUGUGCGUCCUAUUGAUGACUGUAGACUCAAGACACUGAAAGAAGAGGGUGUACCACUAGCUGACGAUGAAGAUGAAGAAGGCAUCAACGCGAAAGAGUGGAUCUCCCUUCAGGCUGAACGACUUGCACAGGGCUCGUGAUGGGCAGG